AUGAAGGACUAUUACCCAGCCUCAAUGCCCCGGUACAGUCGGUACGCCCGGAGACUGAGAGCCUCACGCACUGUGCACUUCCCCAAUGAUGUCGUCUUUCAGGACCACAUCAGGCAGGGGGACCUGGAGCAGGUGGGCAGAUUCAUACGUGCCAGGAAGGUGACGCUGGACACCAUCUACCCUUCUGGCAUGGCAGCCCUCCACGAAGCUGUGCUUACUGGAAACCUGGACUGUGUCAAGCUCCUGGUCAAAUAUGGCGCAGACAUCCACCAGAAAGAUGAGAACGGGUGGACACCCCUGCACAUGGCCUGCAGCGAUGGCUACGCUGACAUAGCCAGGUACCUCAUCUCCCUGGGGGCCAGCCUGGAGGCUACCACCGACGCCGGGGAGAAGCCCUCGGACCUCAUCGACCCCGAGUACAAGGACCUGGUGGAGCUCUUCCAAGCCACCACGAUGGACUGA